GGAUUCAGUCAAAAUGCUACCGCACUUGCGUCAAUAUGUACGUUUUAUUUACCUUAACAACGGAAAAUAGAAUUAAAUAAAUCUGUCGUGACUAAAAUAUGAAUUAAUUUAAUUAGUAAAGUGUGAUUAAGUGUCAAAAUAAGUGACAGAAACAAUGGACGGGCCCCACGAAAGACACGCACGCAGCGUCUCGCGAUCUAGGACGCCCACUAGAUUCGCAUACGCUCAGCCUAGACAAAGAAGAAAGCACAGGGAAACAUUGAAGGACUGUUGCAAGAAAAUUGUGGCGUUUAUGUGCACCCAGGUUGGCGUUGGGGCACUUCUCAUUGGCUAUACAGUUAUAGGGGCUGUUGUGUUCACUCAUCUAGAGAGAAGAGGGAACAACACCGAAACCAUCGAUGUGGAGGCUUUUCGAAAUUCCACAGUGAAGAAACUGUUCUUGGUCGUGAUGAAGAACAACAUUUUGGACAGGAGUGGCUUCAAUCAGGACAUGAAUAAAGUCCUGAAAGUACAUCAGGACCAAGUUUCGCAGAUUUUUAAACACGGGUACGACGAACGCCCUGUAGAAGAAAUAUGGACGUUUCCAGCUGCGCUAAUGUUCUGUUUGAGCAUCAUAACGAUGGUGGGAUACGGUAAUAUGGUGCCCAAAACCUUUGAAGGAAAGAUUCUAACAAUGGUGUAUGCGAUUUUCGGACUACCACUGUACAUCCUAUAUUUCAGGAAUAUGGGCACAAUUUUUGCUGGCUGUUUCAAAUGGACCUAUAGAAGAUUAUAUGAAUGUUCAACAGAAAAAGAUGAAAAUCGUAAAAAGAUCAUCGUCCCAAGCACGGCAUGUCUUUGGGUGAUUUUCGCUUAUAUUCUUACAGGUGCAAUAAUGUUUUCAGAAUGGGAACACUGGGACUUCUUAGAUUCGACAUAUUUCUGCGUUACGUCGCUCUGCAAAAUCGGUUUCGGCGAUUUGGUUCCGGGAGCCGACGUUAACGCAUCCAAUCACGGCAAUCAGACCAAAAUCGUGAUCAAUUUCUUGUACAUGCUGUUAGGCUUAGGCCUGAUUGCCAUGUGCUACAAUCUGAUGAGGGAAGAGAUCAGAGUGAAAUUGAAAGAAAUGAACGAAGAUUUCAACCAAUGUCUGGAGGAUACGAAAAUACGAUUUUUGGCUUGUUGCAAACGAUGUAGAAAACGAGAUCUUGAGUAUGAAGAUUAUUAAUUCAUAAUAAAUAAAUUAAUACCAAAAUGAGCAAUUUUUAUUUUU